CCAAACCAAUAACUUUUAAAACAAAACGAAUCUACUGUGCCAUUGUUUCACCUAGUGCGCACAACAACCGAGACGCGCCGCUUUUUGGAUUCUUUCGUUUACCUUCUGGUUUCUGGUAUUUAUGGCCGAUAGAGCAAUGCUAUGCUUUGGUGCACGUUUAGAAAUAGUCUUCAUUUUGAGUACAGGUCAGUCAGUUUCCGGCACAAAGUUUACAUUAAUAAAGGGAGGGGCAGUAAAGUUUUACAACAACUACGACAAACCACUAAAACUUGGAAUAAACAUUUUUACUGGACUACGGGCAGCGACACACCGCAGGAAGACUGCUUUGGCCAUCUUGUUCAUUGUUUAGUGUAUCAGAGAUGAAUAACGGUCUGAAUACUAUAUAGGAUAGAAGCUAUAAUCUGUUUUUACUGAGUGUCCAAGUGGACUUCCAAAAAUCAGGAACUGAAAGACUGUGCGCCUGCGGUGGGGGUGGGGUGGGUCGGGUCACUAGCAGAUAUUUGAGGGGAGGGUCUUUUUGCUGUAACUCUAUGACCCCUCACAUUUGUGUCAUGUGACACUUCAGCUCAUGUUGGGCUGUGAGAGAGCAGACGUGUUCCUCCCAGUCGCAUCCAUCGUUCUGUUUCCAUGACAUGAAGCCUGUUCCCACCGUGUGGAUGUAGAGCUGCACGGCCCACUGCACUCACACACACAAUACAGCCUCUUUACGGCCACCCCACAGUGUGACCCUGAUCUUUCUGUAACCCAUUUAAACAUGUAUUGGCUUCUGCUGAUGAUAGAAGAUGUUUGGCCUGCUAUGUGCAUGCAGGCUCUGUCCUUGGUAUCAUUCGUGUGUUUCGCGGCAUCCACAGCAGCAGCCUUUGUGACAGUCCCCCUACUGGAGUUCCUGGCUGCUCUUUUCCUGUUGUUUGCUUACUCGACCAAGUUCAAUGAGAGGUUUAAAGGUUUCCUUUGGCCUCUUAUGGAUUUCAUGAGAUGUGUGACGGCCUCCAUUAUCUUUUUCACCAUCUCCAUCAUUGCAGUGUCCAGAUAUUCAGAUGGCGCCUCCAAGGCUGCUGGGGUAUUCGGGUUCAUUGCCACUAUUGUUUUUGCUUUAGAUUUUUAUCUAAUUUUUAAUGAGCUGGCAAAUUUCCUAAAGCAAGGAGGGGAGUCCCAUGAUGAGCCAUCAAGACAGCAAGACGAGUUCUCAGAUUCUGAUUCGGACUGAGACCACAGGAAUCUUCACCAGCGGUUCUAAAUAGCGGCACAAAACAACCCAGAGCAAAAGAAAUGUGCUGCUGCUGCUGAGCGUCCAUCUGCAGUGACCUGCAAAUGUUUCCUCAUGCCACAAGGUUACAUUAAUACCAGUUUGUACUGAAAUCAAAAAUCAAGGUCACAUUGUUUGUUGGCUAAGUAUUUUGAUUCCUUAGUAGUUGGUGGAGACUCCGUGCAGUCCUAAAGACCCACACAAGCCCCAGAUCCUUUGCAGUUGAAAUGGUUUUUGUUUUUUUUGCUGCACAUUCAGGGAUGGAAAUGCAUUUCACACAUUAAUCAUAUUCAGUCUCAACUAAUUCAUGCCCAAUCUCAUGCACAGUGUUUUAAAGGAUUUGGGGAAAUAUGUAAAUGCCACUGUCAACCCGAUAUUUAAAUGAUCAUGAAGCUGUGAAAUUGUUCUGUACCGUGUUCUUAGAAGCUGCUUGUGUGGGAACCUACAGUAUGUUAAAUCUGAAAUAAUAAUGACUAAUACUGACUUCUGACCUGUACCUGUGGAUCUAUUUAGAUGUUUUCAACUACCAAUAGUAACAGAGAACUAAUAAUUAACUGGUAUUGUAAUAAAAAUAUUCCAACCCUUUUAAAUGAAAGUUAAAGUCAGGAGGCCUAUGUACAUUUAUAAGUUCACAAUUUUACUAUACACAAAACUGUAUAUAGUAGAACAGAUAGCAGGUUGGCUGGUUACAACCUCUGUCCAACUGUCUUAACUCUACUGGAGUGUAGUUUUGAAGAGCUUCUGCUUUUAUGCGUGUUUGUCUGCUGUACUGUACCCUAUGCAACCAGCGUGUGUGUGUGUGUGAGUGCACGCAUAACACUGCAUUUUAGCCACUUCAGUAUUAUUUUAAUAUCCAAUACGUGAAUCCCUUUUUUAAAAAGCAUCUUUUUGCUUUGUAUUCACUUGUUUUUUCAGUUCUUCCACUUCCACUGCUGAGAAACUAGAUGUAACACAAGCUACACUGCAUGAGUCUUAGAAGAGCACUGUAAAUUAACAAUAGAUGGCGGAAACCUGGCGUCAGAGGCCUCGGAUUUCUAUGUGGAACUUCAACUGAUGUGAGCAACUGGCAUAUUAAUAGUCAAACUGCCUCCCUAGUCAUUAUUCACCACCGUGCCUUGUAUGAGAGAGUUCAGGAAGUUUGGUACUUAAGAUGCUUCGUUUAUAUUAAAGAUUUAGUUUGAACUUUGUGAUCAUGUAUUUUUCCAAUAAAGGUUUACAGUAUGCCCCUAAAUUGCAUCCACAAGGAAACCUUUAUAUACUUAGAUUAUCUGACAAAUUCAAUAUCACCAAAACUGGAAAUCUGCGGUUUGCACUGGGCAAAAAAAACAACAAACAAACCUACAACCAUGUGCCGAGUGUAAACAAUACAUAAAUCUCAUAAUACAGAACCUUUUGACAAAUGAGGCCUCUCACUGGAGUUUUGACACAUACAGUAUAAAGUUUGUUAGUGACUGUUUUGCCCU